AUGACCGUGUCAUCAGCGUCAGCGGGUUUCUUAAGCAAGAUUUUGAAAAAACGGCCGCACAAAGAGGCUCAGACUCCAGAGUACGGAGAUCUAACAUUAGCUCAGAUUCUUAAUGAGAAGCCAUCUGGAGGGGAAGUUCCAGCGCCUGGACACCUGUCUCGCUCUUCUUCUCAGCAUCACGGUGAUUGGGCUGGUAGACGCUUCAGUCGCAGUGCCACCAUAAAGAUCAGUCGUGCCACACGUGUCUCUGAGCAGUGGAAUGCCUCGCUGGAUCGAGAAAUCUCAAAUGCCAAUGAAUUGCAACACCUAGAUGAGUUUCUGGGCAACCAGGUCAAUGAUUUCCGUUCCAGGGGGAAGCCGCUGUCCGCCGCAGAGGCCAUUUUUGUUACAGCCACCAUGCAAUUUAGAGAGACUAUCAAAGCCAUGUAUUCUCUCCCAAAACCAACCAUUGGCUACAAAGGUCUGAUGAAAGGCUACCAGAAUAAAGUGAUCCACCUGGCAGGUGAGGACCAGAAAGGAGAGGUUCAGCUGGUGGUCAACCUGUUUCAGUCCGUGCUUGAUGGCUUCAUCAGAGGAGAGAUAAAGAAGGAGGAGGCGGAGCCUUCCAAGCCCGCUAAAGCUCGGAAGAAGAGGCGGAAAAAAGAUAAAAGUAUGGAGAGCCCCCUGGAUCACGUUUUCAUCAACUAUCAGGUCAGCAUUAUGCAGUCAUGUGACCAGUGUAGCUCUUACAUCUGGGGCAUGGAGAAAGCCUACAUGUGCAGCUAUUGCAAAAUGGUUUGCCAUAGGAAGUGCCUGUACAAAAUAAGCACCGACUGCUCCACCUUCUGUGCCAAAAAGAGUGAUGACGAGGCUGGUGGUCAGCACUUUGGGGUGCGCGUGUGCCAACUGGUUAGUGAUAAGAACCCAGUGCCCAUGGUGCUAGAGAUGAUGCUGGAACAUGUGGAGAUGAACGGCCUCUACACCGAGGGAAUCUACAGGAAGUCUGGCUCUGCCAAUCGCAUUAAAGAGCUGCAUCAGCGGCUGGAGGCCGAUCCCCAUUUGGUGUGCCUUGAGGAUUACCCGAUCCACACGGUGACAGGCCUGGUCAAACAGUGGUUGAGGGAGCUGCCAGAUCCACUCAUGACCUUCAUGCAUUACAAUGACUUCCUGCAUGCAGUGGAACUUCCAGAGAAGCAGGAGCAGCUUCAUGCCAUCUACAAGGUGCUCGAAGAGCUUCCUUCUCCGAACUUCAACACAUUGGAGAGACUCAUCUUUCACCUUGUCAGGGUUUGUAAAGAAGAACCACACAACCGCAUGUCUCCUAACUCAUUGGCCAUAGUAUUUGCCCCGUGUAUCUUGCGUUGCCCAGACAGCGCAGACCCACUCAUGAGCAUGAAGGAUGUGGCCAAGACCACCACGUGUGUGGAGAUGGUAAUCCAUGAGCAGAUCAGACGCUACAACGAGAAGAUGGAGGAGAUUGAGCAGCUUGAGUAUGCCGAGGCUCUGGCGGUUAACCAACUCAAACUCAAGAGACAGAAUACGGUGAGGAGCAGAUCAUGGCCUCUUCAGUUUGUUUUAACCCUCUGCAGUUUGCUUUAA